UUCAUAUAAAAGACGGCAAAGCCUUAGACGAAAAUUUCUUUGAAGAGUGGAAAGGAGAAGAAGCGCGAGAGGCAAGCGGAGUUUCUGUCUGUCUCUCGCCUUUCAGACACAAGAAAUACACGGCCAUGGCAGAUUCGAGCGAUUCGGUUUCCGUUGAUAUGGAGACGAUCUCUCUUGGUGGAAGGGAACAUAUUGUACAAACUGGCCAUGGUCCUGUGUCUGUUGUGGUGUUUGGAGACCAGGAUAAACCAGCACUUGUUACUUAUCCUGAUUUAGCUCUAAAUCAUAUGUCCUGUUUCCAAGGAUUAUUCUUUUGUCCAGAAGCCGCAUCUUUGUUGCUCUACAACUUCUGCAUUUAUCAUAUUAGUCCUCCUGGGCAUCAGUUGGGUGCUGCCGCACUUUCUUCUGACAUCCCUCUGGCUUCUGUUGAUGACUUAGCAGAACAGGUUGCUGAUGUUCUCGAUUUCUUUGGGCUUGGUGCAGUGAUGUGUAUGGGGGUUACAGCCGGUGCUUACAUCCUUACACUAUUUGCGAUGAAAUAUAGGGAACGAGUCAUUGGUUUGAUACUUGUUUCUCCCCUAUGUAAAGCACCGUCUUGGACGGAAUGGUUGUAUAAUAAGGUGAUGAUAAACUUGCUCUACUUCUAUGGAAUGUGUAAUAUGAUGAAAGAAUGCUUGCUUCAGCGGUACUUUAGCAAGGAAGUUCGAGGUAGUGGACAAGUCCCAGACUCAGAUAUUGUGCAGGCAUGCAGAAGUUUGUUGGAUGAGAGGCAGAGUGCAAAUGUAUUGCGAUUUCUUCAGGCGAUUAAUGGGAGACGUGACAUUACUGAUGGAUUGAAGAAAUUACACUGUCGAACACUAGUCUUUGUGGGUGAAAACUCUCCUUUCCACUCUGAAGCUCUCCACAUGACCGCAAAACUUGAUAGAAGAUACAGUGCAUUGGUGGAGGUUCAGGCAUGUGGAUCAAUGGUGACGGAAGAGCAGCCCCAUGCAAUGUUGAUACCAAUGGAGUAUUUCUUCAUGGGAUAUGGGCUAUACAGACCAAGCCAGCUAAGUGACAGCCCCAGGAGUCCGUUGAGUCCAUCGUGCAUCUCACCGGAGCUGCUCUCGCCAGAAAGCAUGGGCUUGAAGCUGAAACCCAUAAAGACACGGGUUUCACUGCAAGUGUGACAGAAGCGCGCAGCUAGAGGUGUAAUUUUGACUGUUGUAAUCGUACAUACUAGUUGGGGCUGGGAGGAAAUCCGUUUUUUUGGUUGCCAACGAGGGACAGAAGGCGGAG